AUGGGGGUGAAAGCUCAUCAAAAUGUUGCGGAUUCAUCCAAAUCUGAGAUUGGGGAAAUCGACACGAGGGCACCUUUUGAAUCUGUCAAAGCCGCUGUCUCUCUGUUUGGUGUGGCGGCCUUCUCUUCAGACAAACCCGUGGCAAGGAAAUUGAAGCCACUAUCUGCCGAGGUACUUUGCACGAAGAAAUCAGUUUACCAAAAUAUAUGCUCAUUAUUUUCCAUUUUCAACAGAUAUUUCGUCUGUCUGCAAACUGGAAGCUUAUAAUUCUUGAAACAUGUCACCUUGUUGUAAUUGUAUAUAUGGUGCAGCAGAACAUAUUGGCCAAAGAGACCCAGCUCCACGUGGCUCAGAAGGAACUGGACAGGCUGAGGGAACAGCUGAAUAAUGCCGAAGCAACCAGGACCCAGGCGCUUGCCGAGCUAGAGGAGGCCAAGAGGACAGUCGAGGUCCUGACCGGCAAGCUCAAGAUUGUUAACGAAUCCAAGGAAUCCGCAGUAAAGGCGGCGGAAUCUGCGAAGACCCAGAUUGGGAAUUCCAAAGAAGUCAACUCAGAGGCUAAUUCCGAGAACGGCCUCAACUGGACCCUUGAGCUCGACAAAUCCAGAGAGCAGUGCUCCAUCGUCAUCGCCGAGCUCGAUGGCACAAAGCAGGAGCUGAGGAGAACCAGGCGGGACUUCGAGGCCUCCAUGGAAGCCAAGGCCUCUGCGUCCCGUCAAGAAGAGGAAGCCGAGAAAUUGACCAUUGCCCACAGGGAGAGGGCGGCCCAGCUGGCGAAGGAGACCGAGGCCGUCCAAGAGUCGCUCGUCCUUCUGAAGCACGCCAUUCUGCAGGCGAAGCAAGAAGAGUCGAAGAUCCUGUCGGAGAAGGAGCUCAGCCGCCAUGACCAUAAGCUCGCCCUCGAAGCGGUGGAGAAACAGGCGGCCUCUCUCAGGGAAGAGCUCGAUCCGGAGAUUCUGGGGGAUCUCAGAGCGAAUCUGGCGGAGGUGGAAGCUGAGGUCGGCUCCGUUCAGAAGGAGCUGGGGGAUCUCAAGCAGGCCGACAUGGAUUCCUCUUCAAGCAUGGUGGCCGAGCUGGAUGCCGCCAGGGAAACUCUGCACAAGGUGGCAGAAGAGGCAGCCUCUCUGAGGACCUCGGCAGAGUUACUGAAGUUGGAGCUGGAGAAGGUCAGGAAGGAGCUUGCAGACCUGAGAGAGAAGGAAGCGCAGACUGAAUCCCUCGUCGUUGAUCUCCACCGGAAGCUCCGGGAAGGUAAAGCGGAGCUGCAACUUGCCGGAGCUCGAGAGUCGAAGGCGGUGAGCGCCCGGGAGGAGCUGAUCUCUGCCCGGCAGCAGCUGGUCUUGGAAGCCGAGAAUGCGAGGAGGGAGGCAGAGGAGAUGAAGAAGACCAGUUUGGAGCUGAGGAAGGAGGCGGAAGCCGCCGGUCUUGCUCUUGAGGAGGCUGAGACGAAGCUUCGUGCUGCCCUCAGAGAGGCGUCGGAGGCAAAGGUGGCAGAAACGGCCGCCCUCGGUGAGAUGAAGCUCCUCUCCGAUAAGACCAACGCCGCUCGGGCUUCCACGUCAGAGUCUGGGGCGGCGGCCAUCACAAUCUCCGACGAGGAGCACAAAUCUCUGAGCCAGGUUGUGGAGGAGUCUGAGGCACUGGCGGAGAUGAAGGUGGCCGCGGCGGCGGCCCAAGUGGAGGCCGUCAGGGCCAGCGAGAACGAGGCAGUGAAGAGGCUGGAGGCAUUGCAGCAGGAGCUGGUGGAGGUGAAGUCGGCGACGGAGGAUGCCAUAAAGAGGGCAGAGAUGGCCGACGCGGCAAGGAGGGCCGUGGAGGCCGAGAUGAAGCGGUGGCGCGAGAGGGAGCAGAAGAAGGUGGCGGAGGAGGCGGCUUCUUCUCAGGUCUCGAAGAUGGCGGCGCCGCCACAGCUGGGCAGCCUAGUUGACGGCAAUUCCCCUUCCCACCUUUCUGGCGAGCAGCCAGCGAGAUGA